UUCUUUAUCUCUUUGUUCUGUGAAAAUUGAUGUGCAGAGACGCUAGCAGAUAAACCUAACACACGAACCUCGAAAAUUCCCUCAACACUGGAGUCGCUAAGCAGGAGUCGCUGGAAAUUGAUUCUGGGACUCAGUUGACCAACCAUGAUACAGAAUGGUUGCAUUAUAUCCCAAGGGUAUGCCCCUGUGAAUUCUAGAUCACGCAAUCAUGUCGUACCCAGCAGCUCUGUGGUUCGAUGUGCUUCUGGAAUGUCUGCUAAGGUUGCCGUCUCAAACAUCCGGAGGUUUUCGCGACAUAAUUUAGAAUGUAAAUCCCCGUUUCCAGGAGGAAUGGCAUUUUCAAACGUGUUUGCUGCAUCAAGCUUGCGUUUAAGUGAGGGUCAAAAUCUUCUCUUUCGCUCUUUCCCUGGGUUACCCAAAUUAGCGAAGUCCAAUAUGGUCACUAGAGCAUCAAAGGAUGUCCCAACUAGCUUCCGUUACCCUCCAAUGACCAAAAAACCGCAAUGGUGGUGGAGAUCAUUAGCAUGCCUACCUUACCUUAUGCCUCUCCAUGAGACAUGGAUGUAUGCUGAGACAGCAUAUAAUCUUCAUCCAUUUUUGGAAUGCUUUGAAUUCUACACGUACCCUUUUCUUAUGGCAAUUGGGAGCCUACCUAGCUGGUUUCUCAUGGCAUACUUCUUUGUUGCAUAUCUUGGAAUUGUGAGGAGAAAAGAAUGGCCACAUUUCUUCAGAUUUCAUGUUGUGAUGGGAAUGUUAUUGGAGAUUGCCCUGCAGGUUAUAGGAACUGUGAGCCGCUGGAUGCCACUAUCACUCUACUGGGGCAAAAUGGGAAUGCAUUUCUGGACUGCCGUAUCAUUUGGUUAUCUCUUUACUGUUUUGGAGUGCAUAAGGUGUGCUCUUGUUGGUAUGUAUGCUGACAUUCCUUUCAUCUGUGAUGCAGCAUAUAUCCAAAUUCCAUAUGAUUAACAAGGAAUAUAUGUAAAGAAGUUUACCCUUC